GCGCGACAGAGUUCAGACGUGCCGUACCGCGCGACACUUCGAAAAACACGCGGCAAACUCCGUAUCUAUUAAACAAUAAAAAUAACAACAUAAAAGGGAAUUAUUUAUAAACAUUCCUGCCCAAUACUACAACAUUAACAUAGUUUGUGAAUAAGUGAAUGAUUUUCAGUGAUCCGUAAUUAUGAGAUCUUUUGGAGCGAUCGACUGAAUAUCUAACACUGAAAAUGACUGAAACUGGCGUCACGUGAAGAUAGUGAAAGUUAUUACACAACAAUUGAUUUAUUUAGUGAAAUUCUGUGCAUACCUUGGAACUGUGUGAUUUAAUUUGUGUUUAGCGACAUGUUGUGUCAAAGGCCUUUACUCUACGUCUCAUUGUUCAUCGCUUUUGCCGCCCCGCUUACUAAUGCUGAAAAUGCUAACACAGAAGUUGGAUUACCGCACCAAAGCGAAAUAUCGCGAACGAAUCUAACGAAUAUGUACGCGUGGAGCUCCUGGGGCACUUGGAGCGCCUGUUCGAAGACUUGCGGUGGUGGUGUGGCCGUGCAGGAGCGGCAGUGUCUUCCACGGGAUCCUACCAGAUGGCGUCGCAGUAGAAAAAGGAGGAAGCUGGCACGGAGUACGGACAGACUGAGAAGAUCCCGGGAUGCGGUCAAUGUUCCCGACUGUCCCGGCUUGGCGAGGCGCUAUCAUGAAUGUAACACAGCGCCGUGUCCCGGGCCGGUACACGAUUCCCGGGCUGAGCAAUGUUCGGUGUACGACCGCAGGCCGUUCCGUGGAAGAUUCUACACCUGGGUGCCGUACGUUGAUGGUAACGCACCAUGCACACUGAACUGUCGACCGCGCGGGCAGCAGUUUUACGCGUCGCUCGCGUUGGUGGCCGACGGGACACCCUGCACCAAGCCCGGCUUCAGAGCUAUAUGUGUGCAGGGGUCGUGUAAGGUGGUCGGUCGAGAAGGAGUACUAUCGUCCGUGACGCGCGACCUGCAGUGCGGCAGGCGCCUAGUGUCCGGGCUGUUCUCCCGGCCUCGCCUGCCUCUCGGCUACUCCUAUGUGACCACGGUACCAGCUGGCGCGUGCAGGCUGAACGUCUCCGAAAUUGUGUCCAGCGAAAAUUAUAUUGCUUUGCGAGUUACGAAUGGAUCGUAUAUUGUUAACGGCGAAUUCGCAGUUAGCGCCCCAGGCAACUACGAAGCGGCUGGAGCACGUUUUAUAUACUCUCGAGCUGGUGGACUCGACAAUAUAUUUGCAAUGGGACCUAUACAUCAAGCCAUCGACAUUAUGGUUCUAUAUACGCAACCGCAUCCGAACAUAAAAUAUGAGUACUUGACUGAUACAUUGCCAGACGAAACCAGUAACGAUAUUCCAACCGAGAGCAAUGUGACUCCGCAUCACCCGAUGCAGAGACAUCACCGUCAUCACAACGCCGAAUCUCACACGAAAGUAUUGGAUAAGUCAGAUCCGAGCUUAGCGAAACACCCGGAUUAUACGUCGAACGAAAAUCCAUACCAUAUAGAGAGUAACGUUGUUGGAAAUCGGCGGUUCAUGUGGAAGAUUCUUUCGUAUACGCAAUGUUCACGAUCGUGUGGAGGCGGGCUUCAAAUUGGGAAAUUCAAAUGUGUAGAGCUGGGUCAAAAGGAGGAACGGGAAGUGUCUCCAGCACAUUGCACGGGAGCUCCUCCAGCUUCGAGGAGGAGACGGUGCGGCACGAGCCCUUGCCCGCCGCGGUGGAGAGCCGCUGCGUGGGGACCCUGCCCAGUGUGUGGUCCAGCUCAUAGAACCAGAAUUGUGGGCUGCGUACAAGACCAUGCACGGGGCAUCACUAAGAUAAGUGACCAAAAGUGUCCUCUACCUAUGCCACCAAACAGUGAACCGUGCGAUAUUCCCAAUUGUGAUGGAACAGCUAUUGCCUCUAAGACUCCAAGACUUGAUUCCAGACGUCAAGUCCGACCAAAGGACCACAUAGAAACAUUCCGCGAUGCUCCUGCUAUAUCUUUAGCUAGUAAUGUGUCGGAUAAUGAAGUCAGUCCUACUUUGGGACCUUCGUACAGUUUUACAGCUGCAGGAGGAUGGCUUUAUACGGAGUGGUCAGAAUGUGUCGGGUGGUGUGUGGGCGGCGGCGUGCAGUCGCGCGGCGUGCGCUGCGCCGAGCCGGCCGGCUGCGACCAGCGACCGCCACACGCCGAGCAAGCUUGCUCUGCUAAGAAACAGUGUGAUGCGCAAUGGUUCUCUGGUGAAUGGUCGCCAUGUUCAGCGGAGUGUGGUGGUCGUCAGAUCCGAGGCGUUAUCUGUAUCGGUGGGAACGGCAGGAGGCUAAGAGAUUCCUCUUGUAGAACUCCAAAACCGGAGGCUGAGAGGGAAUGUGGGGGAACUUGCUCGCCUUCCUGGUAUCUCAGCGAUUGGGGAGAGUGCACGGGUCCGUGCGAGGCGGGAGUACAAUCCCGCACGGUGUGGUGCGCGCGGGGCGGCGCGGCGGGCGCGGGGGGCGCGGCGCGGGACGGGGAGUGCGCCGGCGUGCGCCCGCCCGCGCGCCGCGCCUGCGUGCCCGCGCGCUGCUCCACACAGCCGGACAGGACUAAUGCUGUGCAGGAUACCCAAAACCGAGUGACCAGGCACCAGAAUCCAAACCCAAAGGUGCAGAAUGUGAGGCAGCGAACAUAUAGCGAUGGAGCCUGUGUGGACAAACUCAGUAACUGCGUGUUGGCGGUACAAGCUCGACUCUGCCAUUACCACUACUAUGGCGACAACUGCUGCCAAUCUUGCCAUGGACGAUAAUCUGGGCAAAGGCGCCUCCGGGACAAGCGACUAUAUGACUCAUAGUAUUGUGAUACAAUGGACAAUUAGUGAAUACAUUCUCAUAAAAGCACUCGAAGUCAAAUUUUUCGCAUGUAUUUCAAAGUAGAGUCGACUCCUAUAUAGUUGCAAUCUUUAUUGUAUUUCAGUAAGAUAGGAAUAGUUUUGUGAUCUCCAGUAUAUAAGUCGAGAAACUUCAGUCAGUUUUUCCUUUCGUGACUCGAGAUUGUCACAGCAAAAUUGUCAUUGCCGUGGUGAAUGCUCAAAUCACGAAAGAAAUCUCAUAGGUGUGAAUGGUUCGAAAAUUUUUAAUAAAAAAUAUGUACUGAUGCACUAUAUUUUAUAUUCAAUGCACCUUAACAAUGUUAAACUUUAACUUGCCUCAAUACUUAACUUGAAUCAUUACACCGAAUUUUCGAAUAAUAUUUAAAUUUAGAGAUUUUCAAAAAUUUGUAUUAUAAUUAGUUUAAGAUCUUCGAUUUUAGAUUUUAAAGGUAGUCAUUUAAAUUGUAGGUUAUGUGAUUAUUAGAUAUAGUCAAACGAUAGUAUUUCUUAUCAUGUAAUUAUAACAUAGAACAGUGUAUUUUUGAUUUAUAUUCGCAUCCGCAAAUAUAGUGUGUUCAUUAUUUAUUGUUAUUGUAAAAUGGCUUAGUUUAAAACUAGUGACUAGAAUGAUUGUCAAUACCCUCAUGCUUUCAUUGUAAUACAUUUUGACCAUUACAUAAUAAUUAUUUCAUAGAACAUUCUAGUGCACGUUAAUUUAUAGAGAAAUAUGUAAAUAGUUAUUUUUAUGUAUAGCGCAUUUAUUUACUGGCUGUUAAGUAUUUAUGUUAUAGGUUAUAGAGCGAGACCGCCAUAAUUUAUACCAUCACAAUUGUUUUAUUCAAUAUAAUGUGUCUAUACUAAUAACGCAUAUAACAAUGUACAAAAAUAAUAAGCUUUAAAAACUAA